AUGCAAGAUACUCUCGUUUUGGGGCGGGACCGGCCGGGACUUUGCAUCACGAUGGCUUGGCCAAACCCUGGUCCCCGCAACAUGACCAUCCGGUGCCAACCCAGCCGAGCUUGCCGGCCGAAUCCCGCCGGUGGACUAAUAACUCUGGCGAGUACUGUCAAGGAAGGCCGCAAGUCCACGAGUGGCGUCAAAGGGGAUGGCAGUAGCAGCAGUAGCAGUAGCAGCAACAGAACUGGCAGUAGCAGAUCGCCCGCCAGCACCACCAGCAGCAGGACGACUAGCGGUCGGACGGACGGAAGCGGCAGCACACGCUCAAGCCCUUCACCACCACAACAGCCAGCACCACGCCAAACUAAGCAACAACAAAAACAGCAACGCUCAUCUCCAUCCCAACCACCAGGCUCGCCGCGCUCCGGAACCAACAGCAAUAGUAAUGCCUCGCGACUCGAUGUGUACAUGCGAAAGCAUCCCUUCUUUUCACGCUUCUACGACACCACGCUGCUGCUCGGGGACUGUGUCAUGAUUUUGGCAACAGAGCUUCACCCACCUGUGGUUCGUCUUCCCUGCUUGAAUCCCCACCCUUACCCCUACCACCACCUCCAUCGCCAUUACCAUGACCAUUAUCAUGCACCACUAUCAUACACCGCUCGUAAGGCCUCUUCGGAACGCAUCGAGUGGAGCUCCUUCCCCGCCCUGGUGGGGGUGCUGCUGGUGUGCUGGGUGGCGACCGGCGUCUGGAACGGGGACUACUCCCCGGCGGGCAGUAGGGCCCACGAGGACGUGCCCUGGCAGCUGUCUAUGCUUGGACCCACGUUUGGCUCGGUAUUGGGUGCCGCACUGACCUGGGCCUUCGCCUCCACCGCCUCCAUCGCCGCCUACGCGGUGCUGGUGGCCCGCAACGCGCUGGAUGCGGCCCCCGUCGUGGAGGGACUCAACUCCGAUGACCUGUCGCCGCAGCUGGAGGCUGGGACGGAGGGCAGCUUACGGGGGUUACACAGCUUAGGGGGCUUCGCAUCGUCGCGGAGGUCGCGCUGGAUUUGCGCUGGAUGGCGGUCGGCGAUUCUGAUGCGGCUUGCAGCACCAGCAGCACCAGCAGUCGUCGUUCGGAUCUUGCCUUUUUCUUUCAUUUCCUCGACAUGCUUGGCAGUUGUUGUCGUUGUUGUUUUGACGUUGUGAUUAUUGCUGUCGUGAACUGCCCAGGCCUAGGCUUUGUGGUCCUCGUCUUAAUUUUCAUCAUACAUAAAACUAUGAUUGUUUAUUUUCUCCGCCCUUCCUCUUUGGGUUGCUUCGUACAUUCCUUCGUACAAAAAUUUAAAUAAAAAGCUGUAUAACGUGUUAUGUAGUUCAAAAUGUAAAGGUUCCGGUU